AUGGUUGGAACCAAGGGCAAGAGAAAGAACGAUCAAGUGGAGCAGGUGCCUGAGGAAGCCGGCAGUACCACCAAGAAGGCAAAGACGUCGCGCCCUCGCAAACCUUCCCGCGUCCAGUUUGCCAACGAUGAAGACGUGGUGAAAUAUAUGCACGUUGAAGCCCAACUGAACCCCUCGAUCAUCAAUGGCUUCUUCACGCAUUUGCAAGGUGUUCUUGCGCUUCAAAACGAACGCAUUCAGGACGAUAGCACGCAAAACUCAGAGUUUCCGCAAGGACUGCAGCCCGCUCCUCCGAGUGUCGAUCAAAACACCAUGUGCGCCGUGGCUUCGAUGUCUUUACCCACCGUGCCUCUCAACGGAGGCUUUGACUCGACAAUUAUGGCGCAUACAAUCAGCUCGGAGCUGCCUGUAACCCCCUCCUUGGCUGCGUAUCCCUGCGGUGAACUGGUGCCAGAUAUCUCUGAUUACUGCGCUGGGUUGUCUGCUUGCCUGCCGGCCACCGAGUCCGUGGACGAACCCUCUGUGGUCUACUCUAUGGCCAGCGACGAGCCUCCCCCCACGGGAAGUGCAAUCCAAGCCAUCAACCCUUUGUCUGUGUACGAACCUCCUGCGUUUUGUCCUACUGGGCGAGCGAUGCAGGGGACGAGCGCAAUCACUGCGAGCACAAGUUUCGAGGCGCAUACAUCCAUCUCAUGGCAAGGCACUGCUGCGCCUGUGGACUAUCUGAAUGAGCCCAUCUGGUCUGUGUGGUCUUAG